AUGCAGUCCAAGACUUCGUAUAUCGUUGCUUGGCUCCCUGUCUAUAUCUUUCUUACCAUGGCACCGUUUGCCCAAGCGAAAUUCGAGAACAUAACCAGUCUUCGAAAACUACCUAGCACGUUAGCUCGAACCCAUCUAGAUGGAUGGUGCCUAGCUGAUCGUCAAUUUAAGGGAAGUUCCCCUUCUGCGGAUAACACGGCCCUCAGCUUCAAACCCUGCGAUCUCGGAAAAGUUCUGGAUAAUUCCGGUCUUUAUCCAAGCCUUCAAUGGGACCUCUGGGGCCGAAUACUCCAAGAAGAUGGGGCAUGGGAGGGCUCUAUUCGAAAUCGCAAAACUAAACAAUGUUUGACGUACAACUUUGGAGACAAAGGGGUAGUCAUCGGGGUCCCAAUUCCACUACAAAGGUCAAAAGUGGUUGGGAAUCUAUCGACAACAGCCUGCUCUGGCAUCAGUGCAAGACCGAUACUUUCCCAGAGGUUCCGAGUGAGUAGUUGGAAGAAGAAAGCCCUUAUAUAUACUGCAGAUGCAGCCGAGGCUUGCGAAAAUAGGACAGCAUCUCUUGAAACCUCCUUUGGCCGAUUAUGGUUAGGUUGUUCCCGCGAUGUCUACAGUUCCGCGGUGUGGGAUAUUAAAAAGUUUCUUCUUAUGGUUAAUUCGAAUGCACUAUUCGGGAACUAUUAA